AUGAAUUUGUCAAACACAGAGGUGCAAGUAACUACAUUUACUCAAGAACUUCUGAGGGCUCCGAGCAGGAUGAUGGCGUGCUGCCUGUGCCCUUUGCUCUCAGUUGAACCCACACGAGGACUCGUGGACAAAAAGCUCCGGAUUGCUGUGACAAAUUUAAACCUGAAACAGGAGGUGACCCUUUACUGUCUGCAUCAUUCAGAGAGCAAAGACAUUUGGGAAGCAUUUGGACACUAUGUGAGCAACGAACAGGGCACUCUGACAGUGGAAAAGGACUCCAGUGUGGGAGGCACGUAUACAGGUGUGGAGUCCAUGGCAUUGACGUGGAGCCUGCGGCCAGUACAAGACAGCCGAGCAGGACUGAGGUUGCAAAAGCGAGAUGUCCUCUCGCCAAUGAUAGUCCACAUUUCUGUGUACAAUGGACACAUUUCUCAGGAUUUUAACCAGCUCACACCGUUAGUGACCAGCAUCAGAGAAAGAUGGUACAUGGCUCCAGGUGUGCAAAGGGUUCAUGUACGUGAGAAAGGAGUUCGAGGAAUUUUGUUCAUCCCUCCAGGUCCUAGCCCAUUUCCAGGUGUGUUGGACUUGUGGGGAGGAGAUGGAGAUCUGGUGGAGUAUCGAGCUGCCCUGCUAGCGUCACAUGGCUUUCUUGCUUUUGCUCUGGAGUAUAUAACUCGAGGAGGAAUAAUAGCCAAGAAUAUAACUUACUUUAAGGUAGCAUAUCAGAUCCUGCAGAAGCAUCCCAUGGUUCUAAGGGACAGAUUGGCUCUGUUGGGCCUCUCAUUUGGUGGUACUGUUGCUCUGUCUCUGGCUGCCUACUCUGUCAAGCCCCGGUGUUGUAUAUGCAUCAAUGGCAGUCAUGUACGUACUGUGUCUGAAACCAUCGAAGAAUUGAGCAGUCUGUUUCAUAAAGCGCAAAUAAAGGAUAAUCAGGUCAUUUGGAGAGACCUCUUCCUGCCCAACUCAACAGAUCUAGCCAAGAAAGUGGAUGUUGGCGAAAUAAGAUGUCCGCUGCUUUUGAUUGUUGGGGAUGAUGAUCAAAACUGUGCCACACUGGAGUCAGCUGAAGAUGCAGUUUAUUAG